GGGUUGCUAAGAUGAGGUAAGGUUGCCGGGAUGCUCCCCGCCGUGAAACCCCCACCAAAACCCUUUCCAAGGCACCAGCCUGUGGUGCACCUUGACGUAGCCAGCCAAGCAGCAGGAACAGCCGGGAUCCCGUGUAAACAAAAGCAGGAAAUAAUCAGCCAAGCCGAAGCGAAAAGCAUAGGAAGGUGUGUAAUUACAAGACUGACUUCAACUUCACUUACCUUACUUCACUGAAAGACUCCAAUCUCACGCAUCAACACAGGAAGACGACCCCAUCUUGACACUAUCAACUGAAUCUUCAACCCCGCGCCUACUUCAAAACUCCUCAGGACCACCACCAGACACAGACACCAUGGCACCCCCCUCCCAGCUCACCGUCGCGACCCUCUCCGUCACUAGACUCCUCAAGGAGGAGAUCUCGUACGAGAAGGAACUCAUCCAGCAAAAGGGCAAGGUCACGACGCUGGAGAAUGAGAUCAAGGAGGGCAAGCCCGAUGAGGACGGCAACCGGGAGUAUAUGCUUAAGCAGUUGAAACUCGCAGUGGAGGAGACGCAAAAGGUGUUUCCCGAGCUGAGAACCCGCGUCGAGGACUCAACCGCCAAGCUGGAAGAGCAGAUUGCCCUGGCCGAGAGCAGCGGUGCAUCUCCCGAGGAGCUGGAGACGGCGAGACUUGCGCUCGCAAAGGGCAAGGAGGAGAAGACGUAUCUCAAGGACGACGUCUCUGCUUAGAGGUGUGAUUGUUUUUUUUUCGCGCUUUGAUAUCAAACAGGAGAAGAGGUUCGGGAUUGCGUUGUGAUCAGUGGCAGGCGAGCGGCAUGAGCACGA